AUGGGGCUCCGUGUGCAGAUCGCGUCGUUCAACGCGAACCAGAACCUCGAGACGAACUCGCUCCCUGAGCUCGAGUCAUGGCUUGUGCCGACCGUGGAACAGGAUCCGCAGAGCGGCUUUGCGACGCAGCCGCAAGCUGCCAAGCCGAGCGCAAUGUCGCUGGGGCCGCGCGAAGCGCCGGACCUGUACGUGAUCGGCUUCCAAGAGUUUGCACCGCUGCCCAAUGCACUAGCCGGCUGGACCGAGACGCUCCUUGCGGCGGUCGACCGCGAGAUCCGCCGGACCGUGCGCCUCCACCAAGCGGUCGUGCGGCCUGACCAGAUGUACGACCCUAUCGAGCUGGGCGGCGGGCCGGAGAACUACUCGCGCAUUGCCGAGCUGAAUCACGGCGGGAUUGCUAUUUUUGUGUAUGCGCGUGAGCGUGCUUCGCGCACGUCGGGCAUGCCGAGCGCCGCGGAGCGCGUCAAGGAAGUGCGCACCUCGUCGGUGGGCACGGGCGUCUUUUCGCUGAUGGGCAACAAGGGCGCGGUCGGCGUGCGUGUGACGCUUGCGCCGGAAGUCGCUGGCGGCAAGGACGAGGUGCUGACCUUUGUCUGUGCGCACUUGGCGGCGCACGACCACCAAGUCGAGCGCCGCAACGAGGACUGGAAGAACAUCGUGCAGCGCCUCGUCUUUGACCACGAGAACCUCGGUUUCCUUCCCAGCCUGCAGCCACGCAUGAACGGUGCGGGCCCCGACACCAACAUGGGGCAGGUCCAGAGCUUCCCCACGAAGCCCGCGUCGCAGAAUCGCACCAAGGCGCUGGACGCGAAAGAGUACUCGAUCUACGAUACUCACCACCUCUUUGUCCUCGGCGACUUGAACUACCGCAUCGGAACGGGCGUCGCCGGUGCACCUCCGUCCGGCGGCCCCGCGUCCAAGAAUACCUAUCCUCCGAUGAAAAAGGCCGACGUCAAGAUGCUGGCGAACUCGAACAACCCCAAGCGCUGGGCGUGGCUCUUGCCUUAUGACCAGCUUGCGCUGCAGCGCAUGCACACGCCCCCCCUUGCCUUCCAGUCGCUGCAUGUGCCGGACCUGUCGCGCUACGACCUCCCGCCUACGUACAAGUACAAGAUCCCGAAAUCCGCUGCCGAGACGCGCGACGUCCUGAGCAAGAAGCGCGUGCCUGGCUGGCCGGAUCGCAUUCUGUGGGGUUCGAGCGGCGACGAGCGCGCAAUCCUCUGCGAGCUCUACCGCAGCCUGAUGCAGUACCGCAUCUCGGACCACAAGCCGAUCACGGCGAUUUUGAGCGUGCCGCCGCAGCCGCAAAGCGCGUUCCUCACGUCGCCCUAUCCGAUCAACCCCCAGUGGCGCACCAUGCAGCGCAACGGCCGCGUGCUCGACCGCGUCGUCGGCUACAUCUGGUCGAUCAUCCUGGUGCUUGGCAACGGAAGCCUGCCGGUCGCCGCUGUCGAAGUCUUGCUGCUGGCCGUGCUGGGCGCGUGGUGGGUGAGCGGGAAGCCGAUCCCCUACAUCCGCCCGGAGAACAUUGCGCGCUAG